AUGGCGCUCUGUAGAUUUCGCUUAGCUUCUUCUCUCAUCUUCAAGUUUCUUCCUCCCUCCAACACUCUCUGCUCUUUCUCCUCAGAAAUCCAAUCAGUGAAAGAGAAAAUAAUGAAUUAUAUGGCCCACCUCAACAUAAACUCAGAAAUUGGAAGUUGUAUGCCACUCGCCGCAAUGCGAAUCAACACAAUUAUUCACAACAUUGAAGUCAACCCAGGUCAAGGGGGGAAACUGGUUCGCUCAGUGGGCAUUUUAGCCAAGAUUUUGAAGGACCCCACUGGAAGGUACUUUUUGGUGAGGCUGCUUUCGGGGGAUGAGAAAUUGAUUGAUACUACGUGUCGAGCUACGAUUGGUUUAGUGUCAAACCCGAGCCAUGAGACGAAGAAGCUUAGGAAGGCUCGACAGAGCAUGUGGCUCAGGGGAAGACCAGUGGUUAAAGGAGUGGCAAUGAAUCUAGUUGAUCAUCCUUAUGAAAGAGGUGAGGGAAGAAGCAAGAAUAGUGGUAGUCAUGGAAGGACUUCGCUUACGCCAUGGGGAAAGCCUUGUAAGUCUAGUUACAAGACUGCUUCUCCUAAGAAGAGAAAGUAA